AAGAUCUGCUUCUAGGAAGGUCAAGACAGAUGAAGACAUGUUGUGGGAGAAAGUAAUGAAAACACUUGGGAAAGAUCUUAAGCAGAUGAGAAAACAAAGUUUACAGAAGUUCACUAAGCUCCCUGAAGCCAACUCUGUAAGCCGUGUCGUCAGUCGCCCAUCCCUCCGUCAGAGCAACGGCAGACAAUUGUUCCGCGCCUUUUUUCUGUGCGGACGCCAUACCAAGGCAAGCAUGGAGGCUGCUCAGCUCACUUUGGCAAUUAGGAGCACAUUAAACACCACACGCAUUAUCCAGCAGUAUAUGCAGCCCCAGAACCUGGCAAAGUGAUAUCGGGCGAGGAGGCGACGUCAGCGCGGUCACGUGAGUGAUCAGAACAUGGACACAGAUUUCUCUGAAAGCAUGGGCCCUGCCAAUGCAUGCAUCAUGGUGCUAAUGGGGCAGGUUCAUGCUGUGGAACGCCGAUUCUGGGCUCGGGAAACAAGCACAGACUGGUGGGACCGCAUAGUGUUGCAGGUCUGGGACGAUUCCCAGUGGCUGCGAAACUUUCGCAUGCGUAAGGACACUUUCAUGGAACUUUGUGACUUGCUUUCCCCUGCCCUGAAACACAUGAAUACCAAGAUGAGAGCAGCCCUCACAGUUGAGAAGCGAGUGGCGAUAGCCCUGUGGAAGCUUGCAACGCCAGACAGCUACCGGUCAGUUGGGAAUCAAUUUGGAGUGGGCAAAUCUACUGUUGGGGCUGCUGUGAUGCAAGUAGCCCACGCAAUCAAAGAUCUGCUGAUAUCAAGGGUAGUGACCCUGGGAAAUGUGCAGGUCAUAGUGGAUGGCUUUGCUGCAAUGGGAUUCCCUAAGUGUGGUGGGGCCAUAGACGGAACCCAUAUCCCUAUCUUGGCACCGGAGCACCAAGCCGCCAAGUACAUAAACCGCAAGGGGUACUUUUCGAUAGUGCUGCAAGCUCUGGUGGAUCACAAGGGACGUUUCACCAACAUCAACGUGGGAUGGCCGGGAAAGAUACCUGAUUCAGGAAAGCCCACCUAUUCAAGAUUUAAAAGUUGCAUUGUGAAGAAACUGACGUCCAGUGUCCCUGUUGCUAGUAGCCCUAUCAUCACAAGAUGGCAGCAGACACAUGCAAGAAAUCACGUUGAGCAAACUUUCACAGAGUGUCAGCCUCUUAAUCUCUUUCCAGCUGAUGGAUCUGAGCUAGUAAGGACUCCUGCAAAGAUCUCAACAAUCCCAGUAUCUUUUCAGGUGCCUAUCAAAAAUUCUACCAACGAACCUUAUGUCAUUACUAAUGCCACAGCUAAGUGUCAUGAGACAACUUACUUACAAGGAAGAAAUAAAAGGAGAGCUGAAAUUGCAAAGAAGCAGAAAUGUCUUACUCAGCUGUUAAUGCUCCAAGAGGGUGGAUUUGACAUCCCAGAAAAUGACAGUAUAAAGAUCUGUGGAAACACUGAGUGUAUUUGGAAAGGCUGCCAGAAUGGAGUGAAUAAUGAAUUUACUGCUCACAGAAUUUCCACUAAUACCGAAUCUUUCAUACCAUUUGUCCCAGAGGUCAGGCUUCAUAUUACUGGCUUACGCAAUGAUUACUAUCUAAACAUCCUGGACUGGAACCAGGAAAAUCUCAUUGCCAUUGCUCUAGGAUCUGCUGCCCACAUUUGGAAUGGGGAAACCCACCGAAGCACUGAAAGAGUUAAUUUAAACUCCAGUUUAAAAUAUAUUUCUUCUGUAGCCUGGAUAAAAGAAGGAACUUGCCUUGCAGUUGGCACCAGUGAUGGAGAAGUGCAGUUAUGGGACAUUGAAACCAAAAAGAGGUUGAGAAACAUGUUUGGCCACCUGUCUGUGGUGGGAGCCAUGAGCUGGAAUCAUUAUAUACUUAGCAGUGGUUCAAGACUAGGAUUAAUUCAUCAUCAUGAUGUUCGGAUUGCUCAGCACCAUGUAGGGACCCUUUGCCAUAACAAGCAGAGUAUUUGCAGCCUGAAAUGGUCCACAAACAACAAGCUGCUGGCAAGUGGGUCCAGUGAUGGUCUAUUGAAUAUCUGGCCUAAUGACCCCGGUGCAACAGUGCAUUGCAAGCCAUUGAAAGCCAUACCCCAUGCCUCAGCAGUAAAGGCUAUGAACUGGUGUCCAUGGCAGUCAGAAAUCCUUGCCACAGGAGGUGGAAUGAAGGAUGGAUUUUUACGUGUCUGGGACAUAAACACUGGGAAAAUCAUUGAAACCACAGACACAAAAUCGCAGAUUUGCUCCCUGUUCUGGUUACCCAAAACCAAUGAAUUAAUGACUGGACAAGGCCUUCCUAAAAAUCAGAUGAAAAUAUGGAAGUAUCCCACACUUACAAAUUCAGCUGAUCUCUAUGGUCAUAAAGGAAGAGUCUUGCAUGUAGCACUGAGCCCAGAUCAUAGCAGGAUCUUUUCUCUUGCGGCUGAUGGAAUGGCUUGUGUGUGGAAAUACUGCUAAUCUGGCGAAAGCAAGGACUUUCAGGAGGAUUAUUCUAGUUAGUUGUGGCAACUUUUUUCCAUUGACUUUUGAAAAUGAGCAGUUAAAGGUUUUUGGCAAUGACAGUAAUAUAACAAAUCUGCAUUCUUUCCAAAUGAAACAUGGAAUAAAGAUAACACCUUUGUUCAAGAGAAAGCACUCUUCUAGUUAGUUCAUUAUCACAUGGAACGUGCUUGAGCCCAAACUGCCCAUGCUUUAGAUGAAAAACUUUCUAACUCUGAUUAAUAAUAUCACAUUUGUUUUCCUUAAACCCAUAACACAUGCACAGAGAGCCAGCACGAGGACUAUGCACCAAUUAAGUCUCACUUAAUGCCUGUUUUGAGCCAUAGGCCUAAUGAAAAGUUCUAUAUUGGCCUAUUCUCAGGAGUACAGUCCAUUAGGGUAUGUCUACACAGCCCACAGAAGCAAGCCUCUCAGCCUGGGUUGACAGACUUGGGUUAGCAGGGUUUGUGCUAGCACAAUAAAAAUAGCUGUGUAAACAGUACUUUGAAGUUGGAGCUCAGAUUCUGAAACCUAGGGAGGCUUUUAUUAAACCCCGCCCCCCUGUAUUUCAAAAAGUUUUUAACAUCUAAAAUAAUAAAUGCAUAAUAAUCAUAAUUAUAUGGUCUUUUUGUAACUUACUAGUCAGUUACUUGUCUAUGUCCAGGAAACAGAGUCUGUGAGUCUGUGUGGCUUUUGGCUUAAGCUGUGGUGACUUACGUCUUUUGUUUUAGAGGUCACCAGUUUAGAGGUCACCCUGCAUUAGCAAAGAUUAUAGCUAUCAUAGUUACAUAGUUUCAUACUUGCUGGGGCAAACUCUCUUUGAUUUUUUAGUAAGACUUUGCCUGAAUAAGGACUGAAUACUGACAUAAGCUAAAUAAGGACUGCAGGAUUUGGCCCAGUGAUCAGCAAGCUCUCAUUCAAAGCAUUUUAAAGCCUUUGCAACUCCAUGGAUGUCUCUGACGUUCUCCUUCCACCAUCUGAAAGCAGGAGAAGCAAUGGACUUGGAAUGGGCUAAUGAGAGACAAGAGAGAAGGAAAGGCUUGCCUCUGUUCCCAAAAAGACCCUUGAAACAUUUUUUGUGUGUGAAAAGAGCCCUGUAGGAGUAGAAACUCAUGGCCCUUUCUGUCUGAAAAAUAUUAGAAUAGAAUAGAAUGGUUCCUGUAACUCAGCUGGGGAGGUGGGAGUUGAGAUGAGUGAUAUAAAGUCAGCCCAUGGUUUUCAGACAGAAAAAUUCAGCUGCGGUGGAAUGGGUGACGAAAGGCAGACAAUGUUAAGGGGGCUGCAGAGGCAUCUGGAAAUGAAUCUACGAUGGUCACAUCUUUUAUUUUCAUCCAUAAUUUAAAACCACAUCUCUGCUGUUUGUAAAUCACGUAAGAACUGACUUUAGGGCUGGAGAGCAGACACCACCAGUUGCAUUUUCUCAGAUGUCACAAGCACAUCAAAAGUUGUUCAUUUACAAAAAGUGUGAUAUAGCCCAAAACCUCUGGUUUAGUGGCCACCUAUUGUGGUCUUACUUCAAAGCAGGUUGGAAAAUAAGAACUCUUUGGUGGUGCACGUAGAAAUAACUACAAAAAAGCUGAGGUCUAAGAACAGGAAAUUAUUAAUUCAGAGUUUGUCUUCCAGUAUGAACAUGGCUAUUGCAGCUGAUUUUAACAAGCAUUUAAAAUCUGUGACCAGAAUAGUGAUUUUUUCCCCCCUCUCAGUUGCAGGAAAAGCAGAGGGAACAGUAAACUGUGAAUUUGUUUAUUUUCUCCUACUUAUUUCUGAGAUUUUUUCCCAUUUUUCUGUUGGGGAAGUUUGAACAUCAUAACCUCACCAACUAGAUUAGGGGAGAUAUUUGUUUUGAAUCUGAUCAUACUUUGCUUGAUAAAUUGGAAGGGGAUUCUCAGAAAAUACAGUGCUGUGAGGCUGAUCCUUUCUCCUUCUUACAUUGCAGAGGUCCUUAAAAUGUGAAAUCUUGAUUUAUUCUAAUUUUUCCAUUGGCAUUACAUUUAAUGGUGACGUGGGAACUUGUUUCUCUCCUUGGGCUGUCAGAGUUAGUAUUUGUUAAGCUUCUGAGCACACAGCAAAGCCCAUCUUUUUUCUCUCUUUGCUAAGACUGUUGAGAAUGAAGUAGAUUGAGAUGGAUAUAUUUAUGGGCAGUCCUUUUUCUAUGUGUAUGUUGUGUCUUUUCAUUUCUAGUAUCGGUACCCAGAACACUGGAUGGGUACCUAGAGACGUAUUUAAAUAAAUAAUUAGAUUAAAUUAAAUUAAAUUAAUGCACUAAUGAAUGCAUCCAUCUUAAGUAUUCAUGUAUUAAAAACACAAUAAAAAGA